AAAACACACGUUUCUUUUGGCACUUCCAUCGGGGACGGCAGCAGCAAACGCGCCUCGCCACCAUUAUUGGUUCGCGGCCUUCUCUUGCAUCGGAACAAGGAGAACAGCAGCAGCAGCCGCUGCGACAAGAGAGAAAAUAAAAGAAAAGAACAGAACAGGACAGCACAACGAACCAGAUGACCACGGAUCCGUCCACCACCAAUUCAUCGGCGUCGACGCCAUCGCCAUCGUCGCCCCUGUCGCAAGGUGCUUCCGGCCGGGCAGAAGCACCCUUGACCGAAAAGGCGCAGCGGUGCGGGCCGCUGAAGGCCUCUCUGUGGCCGGCAAUGGCGGUCCUCCCGGGAACCGCCCUGGCCGCCGUGUCCCUCCUGGCGGUCCGGUCGGGGGGGGCCGCGGAGGCCUACGCCGGGAAGGCGUCCGACCGGAACGGGAUCGCCCUGGUGUCGGUGGCGGCCUGGGCCUAUCUGAUCCGUACGUAGCCCAACGCAACGCGGCGCAGUGCAUCACAGCGAGGGGAUGCCGGACUGUUUGCUUGCUUGUUUGCUUGCUUGCUUGUUCCUCUUGUUGCCCUCUUGUCUCGCCCUUACAAUAUAAUACUCCAUCCUUGUUUCUCGAUGCCUUUUUUGUGCGUCCUUGAACAAAAAACGAAUGCAUCAAACGAAUGCAUCAAACGAAUGCAUCCACGCAACAAAAMAAAACAAAUACAACGCAACAACGCGACGCAACACAAAAACAAAAAACACAACGCAACAACCAAAACCAACAACCGGCAGCCACGUUGUACGCCGAAUAUGCAUGGUUCAGACUGGCCCGGGAACGAAGGCAACACAGAAGGAACAAAAACGACGACGACCGCAACAACCACCGCAAAGAAUCGGACUGCAUUCCGACCAAGGAGGACGACUGCGAAUCCGACUCGGCCCUCGUGGCGGAGCGAACCUCCCUCGAUGCGGUGUGCAUGGAGGGCAAGCCCAGCGGGGCCGAAACCAGCCGCCGCCGUCGUGCGUCCGACCGGUGGUGGUUUUGGGUCGUCCUGGCGGCCGGCCUGGGGAUCUACCUCGGCACCGCCGCCCUGGUCUGCCACUACGCGGAGGGGAUGGACCGGAGGGCCGAGGGCAUCGUGGAGGGGGCCUCGGGGGUGGCGGUGGCGGCGAUCGCCCUGGCCCUGGGGGUCUCCCUCUGCCAGUGGCUCGGAGUGUACGGGGUCCGCAACGCCGGGGGGGCCGGGUGCAGCCCUUUUUCUCGCUGCGGGCUCGCCACCGCCCUGUGGAACAGGGGCCUCCGGUUCUCCUCCCCCCUGUUCUGGUGCCACUCGUACUGCUGCUGCUCCCAGUCCUUUCCGGCCGUGGCCUUUGGGACGGCCGCGGGGGUGCUGGUCGGAACGCUCUGGGCGGGGACGGUGGGGGAGGUCUAUCGGAGGUCGAGCGGAACGGGCUUGGCCUCCGCGGCCGCCCUGGUUUCGGGCGGGCUAACGGCGGUGUCGGCGGCGUGCUUCGGGGCCGGGGCCUACGGGAUGGCGCUGGUGUGGACCGAGGACCCCUCGCAGAUCGGGAACGAGGCCUUCGAAGCCGACCGGGGGAGCCUGCUCUCGGGGAUCGCCCUCUAUUCCUCCCUGGCCUGGGGCCUGGUGGUCUGCGGGGGCCUCCACGGCGGUUGCUCCGCCCUGGCCGCCCGCAAGUGCAAACGCAAAUCCAAACACAAAUCCAGCCACGACGAAAGCAGCGACGACGACUACGACGACUACGCCUGUGAAUGCUUCACCCCGGACCACUUCCGGGAGCGGCUCGUUCUGCCGGAGAAGGGAUUUCUCGCCGGUGGGACAUCCGAACGGCUGCCCCCCCUCGGAUCGACGCAGCGGACCUAUCGCAGCGUGAGGGACGACUCCGACGGGUACCAUAGCGGCAGCAUCGCCGGCGGCUCGAACCACCGAUUGGGCAAGAGCGUGGACCCCGAAGGAAAGAGCGCCGGCAGCGACACGUCCUCCUCCCGGAGCGAGAACGAAAGCGAAAGCGAAAGCGAAAACGACGGUCCACCCGGCGAGGAGGACCGAGGCCCUUCCCGGGGGCCGGUCCGGCCUUCGUGCGGGUGGAGGCUGGGAGCCGCCUGCUUCGGGACCGCCUCCUUCCUCCUGAGCUGCCUGUUUCUCUACCUGACGGUGAUGAACCUCGGGGCGACCUACCAGCAGAACAUCGUCCGCCUCCGCCUCAACGAUUCCUUUGCGAUCCUGUACCCCGACGACUACCACACGGGAGAGAUGUGCGCCUGGAGCGACCGGUCCCCGGAGGGGGAGCUCCGGACCUUUGCAUCGCUGAGAGAGGUCGAGGAGACGAACGGGGCCUUUACGGUGGUCCACUGCGGGGCCUGCGGGGCAUGCAGCAACUGGGAGGACCUCUCGCUCCAGUGGACCACCAGGACCUUUCUGGCCCAGGCCUCCAAGCAAUGGUAAGAACGGAUCGAUGGAUGGGUGGAUAAAUGGACGGGUAGCUAGCUAUAUUGCCACUGUAGAUGGACGACUGGCUUUGUUGCUAGCUUUUUUCGUUCCGAGUCUCACGAAAGUUGCGUUUUUUGAAUCUCUUGGUUGCCUUUGACUUCGGGUGGUCUCGUCGAAUUGCAUUGCGAACCGUGUCGUGUCGUGUCUGUCGUUAUUUCUCAUUGCAAUUGCGUGGUUGCCAACCAGCUGCCGCACAUCGAUCCUGGGGUCGGUCGAGGACGUCCAGGAGUGCAACGAGGAGCUCAUCGGGUUCACGCCGGAGUGUGCCGCCUGCUGGACCACCGACGAGCUCUGUGCCCGGGACAACUGCUUCUGGAUCUUUCUGCAGGCCACCACGACCAACGCCGAGACCGAUUUCCGGGUGGGCGUCGACGACAUUACGGCCGCGAGCUGCGACGAGGCCAUGUGCGGCCCCGACUUUGCCCCCUGCGUUGGGGCCAUCCGGCGGCGGAUGAACAUCAAGAGCGACAUCGAGCGGCCGAUCUCCCAGCGUGAGUGGCACGAACGGGGUUUGGGUGGAAACCCCUUGUGUUUUGUGGUUUGUGCUUUCCACGGGGAUGCUGCUAGCGCAAUGCUGUUGCCUCUUCUGACACGGUUUUUCUCUCGUUUCGUUGCGUUUCAUUUCGUUUCGUUUUCGCUCACUCCAUUGGAUGGCGUUGCGUUUCAGAAUGCACUCCGGUGCAAGAGGAUUGGUCCGCGAUUUUUGAUUGAGGAGGAGAGUAGUAGUGAAUGAAUCCAUUACCUACCAUCGGAGAUUUUUGGUCCAUCGUCUCUGUAUGAACAAUAUCGCUGUCACGCAAAUAAUAGCUAUUACUAGUAGUAGUUGUAAUAAUGCUAGCAGUAACCU